AUGGAGGAAAGGGGCACGAUGCUCGCCCCCAGCUCCGCUCCGAUCCCAGAGCAGGGCUGGCAAACCACAGGAGCAACGGGAAGCCUCCAGAACCUGAAGAAAUUUAACAGCCAGGACUUCAGAGAGCUGCGAGCCCUGUGCCUGAGCCAAGGGCUGCUCUUUGAGGAUGCCACCUUCCCCGCUCACAUCAGCUCCAUCGGUCCCAGCCUGCUCCCAGAGGAGAAGCUCUGGCAAAUACAAUGGAAGAGGCCAACGGAACUUCAGAGAAAUCCUCAUUUGAUCAUGGACGAAGUUAGCAGAUUUGAUAUCAUGCAAGGAGAAAUAGGUGACUGCUGGAUGCUGGCUGCUCUGGGCUCCCUGACACUGAGAAAACAAUUUUUGGAAAAUGUUUUACCAAAGGACCAAGGAUUCCAGGAUGAUUAUGCUGGGAUUUUUCAUUUCCGGUUCUGGCAAUAUGGAGAAUGGGUGGAUGUAGUGAUAGAUGACCGGCUGCCAUUCCUAAAUGGAAGAUACCUGUCUGUACAUCCCCGAACUUCAAAUGAAUUCUGGCCAUCCUUGCUGGAAAAAGCAUAUGCCAAGCUGCGGGGCUCCUACCAGAACCUGAAUGGAGGCUACCUUUCAGAUGCUUUAGUAGACCUCACAGGUGGAGUCCAAGUGCAGUUUUCAUUGAAGGAUCCACCUCCUGAUCUGGAGGAGAUCCUGAAAGCAGCUGACAAAUCUCGGUGCCUCAUGGGGUGCAGCACCUCAGGCCAGAUGAGAAACAUAGAGCUGAGGAAUGGGAUUGUACAGGGUCAUGCCUACACUGUCACAGGAGCUGUGAAGGUCCCCUACAAGAAUGGCUGGAAACAUAUCGUCAGGAUCUGGAAUCCGUGGGGCCAUGGGGAGUGGAAGGGACCCUGGAGUGAUGACUCUCCUCAAUGGGACCGCGUUGAGCCUAAAUACAGAGAAGCCCUACUCAGAAAUAAGGAUGAUGGAGAAUUCUGGAUGUCCUGUGAGAACUUCCAGGAGCAGUUUUCAUGGCUGUAUAUAUGUAACAAUACCCCAACAUUUCUGGACUUUGGAGAUGAGCACUACACAACGUGGUCUCUGAACAGCUACACCAGCCUGUGGAGCCCAGGCCUUCCCACGAGGAGGAACCGCUAUUCCCAGGCAGGUGCAGCUUCAACAAACCCUCAGUAUUUUUUCAGAGUUCUAGAUCACAACCCAAAAACCUAUAAUGUAGCGAUUUCACUCAUGCAAAAACACGCUGAGCAUGUGCAGGAUGAAAAAAACCUGAAGAUUGGCUUCUUCAUCACCACGGAGAACUCCAGAGUUCUGAAGCAAAUCUUUAUCCGGAGCCGAGAUGUGAGCAGCUACUUUAUCUUGAGCCCAGGAACCUACGCCAUUGUUCCUGCUGCAACAGCGGACCAGGAAUUCAAAUUUCUCUUACGAAUUUUCAUAAAGAGUCAAGACUACAAUGAGAACUCAAACUCCCCCACCGGCUCAGUACUGCCAAUGGAUGUAUCAAGACAGAACCAGGACAGCUCCUAUAAGGCUCUUUUCCUAAGAUAUGCUAAGCAGGGCUCAACUAUUGAUGCCUUGCAGCUGCAACAACUCCUUAAUGAAGUGAUCUUGCAAGAUGAAAUGACCAGCCUGGGAGGGAGAUUCAGCUUUGAUUCAUGCAGAGGCAUUUUAGCUCUGAUGGAUCUCAACUCGAAUGGAAGACUCACCCUGCAGGAGUUCGGGAGCCUCUGGCGAAGUCUCACUAAGUACAUGGAUAUCUUCAGCAAGGAAGACAGAAACCGUUCUGGAUUUCUUGAUGUUGCUGAACUGAAGAAUGCGAUACAGGCAGCAGGUCUGGCCACCAGCGGGCAGCUGCUGCGCCUGAUGACACUGCGCUACGGCGAUGCUGCUGGCAGAGUUGGCUUCUCCGACUUCGUGUGCUGCAUGCUGCGCCUGGACACCAUGAGCCAUGCAUUCCAAAACUUAGCAGAGGGUGGAUCACAAAUUUCGAUGACAGCAAUGGAGUGGCUGACCCUUGUCAUGUACACCUAGAGAGAUGCCAGAAGUCAUGGUGACUUUUCGUCCUCCUCGGUAGAACAGUACCCAGGCCACCCCAUACAAAAGCCAUGGAU